AUCUGAAGCGCAAGCGUCAAACGAAUGAUUGCACUCAUCUCUGAAGUUUUAGGAGCAUUUCUCUCAUUUGUUGUUGUAAUAUAACCUAUAAACUGAUAUAAACAUAAUCUAGUGUUUUUCCGUUUAGUGAUAUGUUGUGAUUUUGUUGAAUUGACUAAUGGAAUUAAUGCUAAAACGACAACAGCCGAUAUUUUGAAGUGUUUGUGAGUGCAUUUGCAAGCUCAGCGUAAAACCAAGUUCAAGUUCCAUCAACGAAUAGUUGUGGUAAUUGAAGCACAAAAAUCUAGAUGAGGAGGACACUAAGGAUGCCUAGGCUGUUGUGAAAGAGAGGGCUAAGAAUGAAGCAUUAUGACUUGAAGAGGGCGCUGCUGAUAUUUUCCUUAUUCUGCAUAGCUUUUUUCGUUGUUCUCUUUUGGCAACAGAACUCGGCUAUAGAUGAGGUCUCUCAAUUAUUUCCAGUUUACAAGAAGAGUCCCUUACUCAAAAAAGAAAGGAAGCUGCCGUAUCCACCACAAUGGCACUGGCAAUGCAACGGCAAACAUUGCGAGAGGCAGAAGGUCGCCCCCGGUGUCUCAGCGGUGUCGUUAUCCACGUGCAGCAUGCUAUGCGGCUCCACGCAACUCUGGCCCCAGCCCUCCGGACCCGUCACACUUGGCAGCAAAACCGCCACCUUCAAUCACCACCAAAUCCAGUUCAAGGCGGACGCCAAAGAGCCUGCUGCGACCCUGUUGAACCACGCUAUCGAAAUUUUCAAGGAUAAAGUACUCGACUACGUUCAGGACGUCAACUACACCGUACACGACACAGACGUAGAAAAGAUUUUAGUUCAUUUGAAAGUUCAGCACGCCGACGUGGUUAGACUGAGGCUGGACACGGACGAGAGCUACCAUCUGACCAUCAAGUCGAAGGCGCAUCAGUUGUCAGUGAACAUAACGGCCAACACGUUCUUCGGUGUCCGACAUGGGUUGGAAACUCUCUCGCAGCUGAUUUGGUGGGACGAGUACUCGAAAGGCGGCAUGCUGAGGAUCAUAAAGAACGCUUCGGUCAAAGACUACCCGGUGUUUUCCUACAGAGGUCUCAUGUUGGAUACGGCGCGCAACUACAUGUCCGUUGACACACUGAAGAGAGUCUUCAUCGGGAUGUCCGCCAAUAAACUCAACAUAUUCCAUUGGCACGUAUCAGACUCUCAAAGUUUUCCUCUUAUAUUACCCAGACUGCCGAAAUUUGCCAAAGUGGGUUCGUACGCUCCAGACAUGACCUACUCCCCAGAAGACGUCAAGGAGUUGAUGCUCUUCGCCUUGGUACGGGGCAUUAGAAUAGUGAUUGAAAUAGAUACUCCCGCCCACGCUGGGAGUGGUUGGACCUGGGGACCAGAUGAAGACAUGGGAGAGCUUGCUGUGUGCGUGAACAAACAGCCUUGGAUGCUGUACUGCGGGGAACCUCCCUGCGGCCAACUGAACCCGGAUAACCCCAAAGUUUACGAAGUACUCGAGACGCUCUACAAAGACCUUCUAGACAUGACAAAGGAAGACGAACUAUUCCAUAUCGGAGGUGACGAGGUGAACUUAGAAUGUUGGCAGGACAGUCUCAGCAGCGCUACGCAGAAGAAGUACGGCGACUUCCACGACCUCUGGGGCGACUUCACCCUUAAGGCGCUGGAGAGUUUGCAGAAAGCUAAUGGAGGCAAGCGCAUUCCAUACGUUCUAGUAUGGUCCAGCAACCUCACCAAAAGACCUUACGUUAGCAAGUAUUUCAACAGGAGCAAUAUCGUUGUACAAAGUUGGGGUUCUAGUCAAUGGCCCGACACCCUGGAUCUCAUACAGGAUGGGUACAAAGUGAUAAUAUCCCACGUGGACGCUUGGUACCUCGACUGCGGUUUUGGUCGUUGGAGAGAGACCGGUGAUGCCGCUUGUGACCCUUACAGAACGUGGCAAACAGUCUACAAUCACCGUCCUUGGACUCAACAGGGUGUCAACAAGAAACAGGUGAUGGGAGGGGAGAUAUGCCUGUGGAGCGAACAAGUCGAUGAGACCUCGGUCGAUGCCAGGUUAUGGCCUAGAGGUGCUGCUUUCGCAGAACGCAUGUGGAGUGACCCUUCAUUGGAUCUGAACACUUUUAGUAUAUCAGAAGAUGUUUAUUUAAGAUUGAACACUCAGAGGGAUAGGCUAGUGGCGAGGGGACUUCGACCGGAGGCAAUGUGGCCGCAAUGGUGCCUUCAGAAUCCAGGGAUGUGCCUUUGACGAAGAAUUGAGUUGUUGUACAUAUGCAAUAUUUUUAUAUACUGUGCACGGUGAUACUAGUUUAAUUUGUAUUAUAUGUAACUAUUUAACGAGCACGUUUGUACAUUUUCCACAUUUUAGCUUUAAUUCUCGAAAUAUAUGUCUUAUCUUAGAA